CACAGCAAAUGAUGGUCACGUAACUGAUAAAUCAGUAGACAAUAUGUAGAAUAUGAUAAAAGGGCUGUACCGGGCUGCCUCGCUCGCAGUUUGCCUGUUAGAGAACUCUGACCUGUAUGCUGUCGCGGAUAUCACUCUCUAUCUUUCGCUUUCUCUUCCACGAGUCAACCAUGCGAGUGAGCCGAUCCACGUCUCGCACCCGUUCCGCACGGGCCGCGUGCGCACGAGCCACGCGCACACUCAUUCGUUCGACUUGAGUGCUACGACACCUGAGGUAGGACGAGGAGUAGCACAAAGGAGUCACACACCGUCUUAGAUGAAGAAGUUGGAGUUAAAAGGUAAUAUGAGCUCAGCGGGACUCUCAAAACCCUAUCACACUCACGACCAAUUCAGCUCAUGGCUGAUGUAGCCAGUAGUGAUCUCACACGCGUUGCCGGGUUCGCUCCGUAUAUUUCUCCCUUGC